AUGACAACCAUUAUCCAGGAGACGGGAUGGGACCCAGGGGACCAGGCAUCAUGGGCUUCAAGGUUAUGGUCCACCUGUAACCGAGGGGACUGGACGUUGUCCAUCUCAAGGCAGAGGUCAAUUUUUGACCCAGGGGACAAGACAGUGUGUGACAAAGCAACCGGAGAACGUGGGAUCUGGAGGAUCGGACCACGACACAAUCCCACUCCAAAUCCGGUCAGCAGGAGUCCCGGCUCCAUUGCAGACACCCAUUGCGAAUCCUUGUUCGAGCAUAAAUCACUCCAAACCUGCAAUUCAUCACUUACUGCAGGUGGGAAAUUAAAUCUGGUACAGAAAGCACUCAAGAAGUUUUUACCAGGCAACUCAUCGAGAAAAGAUGAUCGGGACACGGGAAGCAAGGUUCCAAAGCAGGGUCAGAUUGAGAGCAAUGUCCCAAUGGAAUGGGCCGCAGAGGAGGAGGAGCAAAUUCAGCCCAGAGACAGUGACGUCAGAGACACUGAGAAGGACCCUGGAACCGGCACAAGUGAGGCGACUGCCUGUCAACCCAGAGACAGUGACGUCAGAGACACUGAGCAGGGCCCUGGAACCGGCACAAGUGAGGCGACUGCCUGUCAGCCCAGAGACAGUGACGUCAGAGACACUGAGCAGGACCCUGGAACCGGAACCAGUGAGGCGACUGCCUGUCAGCCCAGAGACAGUGACGUCAGAGACACUGAGCAGGACCCUGGAACCGGCACAAGUGAGGCGACUGCCUGUCAGCUCGGAAACUCAUUAAACACGGAAUUGUCAAGUGCCCAACAGGGAAUGGAGCCAGAGUUUACAAUCUCCGACCUCCUGGCAGAGGGGGGCGAGUAUCGAUUGUACCAACUGACCAAGUUCUACAAGGACAGACUCAAACAUGCAAUUGAAGAAAAAGUUGAAAGACUCGGUUGGAUGUUGACAAAGGAGGGACAUUUCAGUCGAGAAGAAAAUGAGAAAGUCACUGAACUGACAGAGAAGGGAAACCGGACAGAGAGUUCCAGACUCUUCCUCAGUUUGGUGAUGGACAAAGGCUCCCGGGCCCGGAGGGCGAUGUGGGAAUCCUUUGUGAUGUGGAGGACUGAGUUACCGAAGUUGGACAGGAUACUGAGGGAAAUCCAGGAGCUCGGUCCUGACCCAGAGGAAUACAUGAACAUUGCACAAGGGUUGUCUGAGUUACCCACUGAACUGACAGAUGUUCAACAGAAACACAAGGAGACUCUGCGGGCACAAACUGAAACACUGAGAGUGAACACGAUCCUGAUGAGGGAGAAGGUGAAGGUUUUCCAGCUGAUUGAUCGAUACGCUGAGCUCACGGUCAUUUCUACCUUUCGUAAUCGGAGACUGUUCCAGUUCGUCUUCAGUUUCAAGUUCCGAGAUUUAAACACAAUCAAUUGUACAAUAAACCUCUCGAACCUGGUGCUGUUUUUCUAUCCUUACCUCGGGAAUGUCCUGAAAUCACUGUGGAAGAUACCAGAGGGAAUGUUAUUUAUAUUUGAUGGCUUGGAUGAAUUCAACGACACAAUUGAUUUUGCUGACAGCCGGAAAAACAUAGACCCUCAGGACUCAUGCACAGAUCCUGAAUUCCGGUGCAAGGUGUCUGACAUUGUGUACAGUUUAAUCCAGGGCAAGCUGCUCCCAGGGUGUUCAGUGCUGGUGACCACCCGCCCCACUGUGUUACAUUUACUGGAAACGGCGAAGAUCGAUGUCUGGGCUGAAAUCCUGGGAUUUGUUGGUGAGGAACGGAAGGAAUAUUUCAUCAGGCAUUUUGAAGACCAGACGGUGGCAGCAGCUGUUUUCAAACACGUGCAGGAGAACGAGAUCCUGUACACCAUGAGCUACAACCCCUCCUAUUGCUGGAUCCUCGCUCUGGCACUGGGCCCCUUCUUCGCACAAAGAGUCAGGGACCCGCAGAGAGUUCCCAAGACCAUCACGCAAUUAUACUCCUACUAUAUUUACAACAUCCUGAAAAACCACGGCCGUGAGAUUGAGAACCCCCGUGAUGUGUUACUCAGUGUGGGUCAGAUGGCCUACAGAGGAGUGUCCGAGAAGAAGAUUGUGUUUGCAUACGGAGAUUUGAUCAAGUUCAAUCUGCAGCCUUCCCAGUUCCUGUCCGGGUUCCUGAUGGAGCUUUUGGAGAGAGAUGAUUCUGCCCAGAGCGUGGUGUACACAUUCCCACACCUCACCAUCCAAGAGUUUGUAGCUGCAGUCGCACAAUUCCUGACUGUACAUCCCGAGGAUAUCCUGAAAUUCCUCACUGAAGCCCACAAGACAAAAGAUGGGCGAUUUGAGGUAUUUCUCCGUUUUGUUGCUGGUCUCUCCAACCCAAUGACAGCUCGGGGCCUGGAGGAGUUUCUGGGUCCAUUUCCUCAUCAAACAACCUGCCGGGUGAUUGACUGGGUGAAGGAGGAGGUUAAACGCCAGAGUGGAAACACGAGUGACAUUGGUAGAAGGAGACUCCUGAACACAUUGCACUACCUGUUUGAGUCUCAGAAUCGUGGACUGGCUCAGGCCACACUGGGAUGUGUGGAAACACUUUCAUUCAGUGGAAUGACACUGACCCCGGUUGACUGCGCCGUCCUGUCUCAUGCCAUCGGACACUGUGAUACUAUAAAACACCUCGACCUGGAGUUCUGCAACAUUCAGUGUGAAGGAAUCCAGCGGCUGGGACCCGGGCUACACAAGUGCCAGGAGUUGAGACUUGGGUGGCAUGACCUGGGAGAUUCUGGAGUGAAACUGGUGUGUGCGGCUCUGAGGAACCCGGAGUGUAAAAUACAGAGACUGUGGCUGGGGGAAGUCGGUCUCACAGAUUCUGGGGCCGAAGAUCUCGUCUCCGCUCUCAGUACAAAACCAUCCCUGACGGAGCUGGACCUGAGUAAUAAUGAACUGGGAGAUUCAGGAGUGAAACUGGUGUCUGCGGCUCUGAGGAACCAGGAGUGUAAAAUACAGAGACUGUGGCUGUACGGGAAUCGGUUCAGUGAGACCGGGAAGAAGGAACUGAGAUCUCUACGGGGAUUCAGAGCCGGACUGGAAGUGUUUACAUGAACAUCUGAAUGUGUCAACAUGCCCGCCCGCCGGAUGGAGCCGAUUUCCCCCUCCCCUUUAACUCCCCCUCCCCUUUAACUCCCGCCCUUACCUUUAAUGGCCAGGCGCGGGGGCUGAUUGCCAACGGUUUUAACGGAACUGGCUCCGGUCUCGAGCUCGGUGAUAUCGGAAGCGCUCCCGCAGUGACGUAUUUCCACCCGUUGUCCGGCGGCGCAGCUUCCGCCGGAUGUGCGGGUUCGAGACUCUCUCGCCUGACACCCCGGGGAUUUACCCGGACAGGAGGAGCCCGGGGGGUCGGGGAUCAUUCUGGGACACCGGUGUCCCGGGAGAGAAACAUUUUGCUCCGUUUGCUGGGGACGGUGCAUUCGGCCGUCUGGCCGAUACAAUGAUGUUAAAGUGACAAAUCCCUCAGCAAUGGCCUUGGAUCCGCAGCGAUCCCGGUCACGGCCCUGGAGUGUGAUUGGAUGCAGAGUGACGGCGAGGAACAGGACUGAUUAAUCUACCGGUCACCCGUUGUCACCGGUCGGUUAAUUCUGUGUGACUUAGAGUGAGUCGGGAACAGUGUGGCGACCCAUUUUCUGCGCAGG